UAUUGAGCUUUAUGAUCGGGUGAAACUGGAACGUAUUUAUUUCGUACCAAUUUUCUGAGCAGUUUGUUGUGAUUUGUAUAACAUUGAUUUGUUGUAUCGGAAAUACAAUUAACGACAGUAUUUUGAGUAGAUCAAGCAUUUCUGCAAAAUCUGUUUCGUACUCUGUAUUAAAAUUGACGUCAAGUUCUGUUGUUCCUGAGAAAUAUUUAAAGACGCAGGUGGCAAAAUGUCUCUUCCCUUGACACCAGAGCAUCUUGCACAACUAAAACUAUUUAUCGACUUGUGCAUGACACGUCCCACAAUGUUAAAUCAACCUGAACUUUCUUUUGUAAAAACGUUCAUUGAACAUUUUGGAGGAAAAGUACCAAAAGAUGAAUCGCCGUCUCAAAAAUCAGAAAGUGCAAAUGUAUCCAAAGAACCGGAAACUAAACCUCAGCCAGAGCCUAAAGUAGAACCUGAACCUGAACCUGAGCCAGAAGAAGAAAGCGAGGAAAGUGAUUUGGAGUUGGAUAUGACUGGAGUUAUUGAACCAGAUACAGAUGCUCCACAAAAGAUGGGAAAUCCUACUUUACAACCAACCGAAGAAGAAAUUGCAGAAUCACAAGCCAAACGUGCAGAAGCUGUAUCAGCAUUUGUAGAAAAAGAUUAUGAGAAGGCUUUAGAGCUUUACACAGAAGCUAUUGUAUUAAAUCCACAGGCAUCUUUACUUUAUGCCAAACGUGGACAAAUUUAUUUACUGCUAAAUAAGCCUAAUGCUUGCAUUCGUGAUUGUAACCGUGCCUUGGAAUUAAAUCCGGAUAGUGCAGCUGCUCAUAAAUUCAGGGGAAGAGCUAAUCAUUUACUUGGAAACUUUGAAGAAGCAGCUAAUGAUUUGAGACUCGCUUGUAAAUUUGACUUUGAUGAACAAGCUGAUGAAUGGUUGCGUGCAGUUACACCAAAUGCCCGAAGGAUCGAGGAACACAAGAGGAAGAAAGAGCGUAAGGUGCAAGAGAAGUUGGAACGCGAAAAGCAGGAAAGAAUAAGGAAAGCUCAAGAAAGCGCGAAGGCCUUCCAAGAAAAUACGCGUACUUCACAAACUGAUACGACUGGAACUGCUUCUGGAAUGCCUGAUUUCUGUAAAUUCUUAGACGAUGCUGAGGUUCUUCAAGCUCUUAUGGAUCCCGAAAUAGCCGAGUUCUGUAAGGAGAUUUCGUCGAAUCCAGCAUCGAUCUUGAAGUACCAGAGCAAUCCAAAGAUUAUGGCGUUCAUCAACAAGAUGGCUGGGAAAUUUGGUGCUACAGGUGGCGGUGGUUUCCCGGGCAUGCCCGGAGGAAUGCCCAAUUUCCCAAGUGCUGAAGGGGGUACACAACCAACCACCGAACAAUCAGACGUUGGCCUUGAUUGAAUCAUCGUUCGUCCAUGAAAUUUUUCCUCGUUUUAUCCUCGUACGAUAUUCUCGCUAACUUUUUCUGACGCGAUAUUCUUUCACCGAGGAAAAGAAUUGUAAACUGACGCAUAGAAAAAAUAUCCUUAUUCCUACGAGCUAUAUUUUGAAAAGAAUUUAUUAGAUUUGAGAUUGUUUCGAGAGAAAACAGAAUCAUAUUACUAUAUAGAAUAGGAAUUCUUUAUAAUGUAUCUUGAGGUGAGAAUCAUAUUUUAAAUAUAAAAUAUUAUACAUAUAUUAAUAUUCGUGUUGCGUUAGAUAAACCUUCAAAUAAAUUCUUCGUUGUUGAUUAAUGUGUUCCUUGGAUUCUGUUUUGAAAUUGUUCAUUUCUGUUGUGUAGAGAGAAUUUUUUUUUUUUACUGUUUUUGUGCUUUUAAGUAAGCUUUCACGUUUAGUUGUUUGUUGUAUUAGAUAGGUCAGUGAUGGGUAGAUAAAGUAUACGGCACGCGUAGUAAUGUUUCCACACAAAUAUAGAUCUUAAAAGUCUAUAAAUUAAAGAUUCUACAAUUUUUUCACUGGAAAAUUCACUGCCCAUCGAUACCUGCAAGAACAUAUCGCUUGCAAGUGCCUUUCAAGAGUGCAUUUGCCCAUCACUGGAAUAACUAAUAGCAAGAUUUAUUUUUAUUGCACCGUUGUGUAAUAUGUGUGAUUUCUUUUUAAUUUUAUUUCGUAUAUACAACUUUACUGAUUGGUUAACUACCAAUGUGAUAAAGUCAGUUUCUCGAAGGAAAGUUUUAUUGUUUUUUUAAGUUUUCUUAUUCAACGCUAGAUUCAGCAUCACGUUAUUAGGUUAAGCGUUUUACGUACAUAUUGUAAACGUUUUGUCCAAUUCGCCUCGAUCGAGAUAUUGUAUUCUUAACAUGUUAAAGAUCUUCAAACAAUAUUUCAAUGCUGAAAAGAAUUACGUAUGAAUGAAAUUAGUUGUUAAUAUCAAAUGAUUAAUGAUUGUUAAUUUUAAACAGCACGGAAAAUAUAAAUUGUAUAUAUUUGUAGAGUGAUACAGCAUGUUUUUGACGGAUUAGGUGCCAUGAAUGAUACAUGUUGCUUUUCGCUUAAUUAUAUUUAGUAAAAAAUAUAUUAUGUGUUAAAGAAAGUAUUCGAUUCGUAACGAGAAAAGUUUUAUUAUAAUUUCAUGAACAUCGAAUGGAUAAUAUUAGUUGGGCAUCCAACAAACAAUACAUCGCUUUUAAUGUACUUGUCGAAAGCAUAAACUACCAUACGAUGUACCGUGAUUUCAAUAAAUACAUCAUAUAGUUCUGUAUAAA